GCCUCACUCAAAGACUCACGGAGCUUAAUCGGCUUCUUUGUUUUAAAUCCCCUCCUCCUCCUCUCCCUCCUUCCUUCUCUUCUCUUCUCACACCUCAAUCGCCCACCAUGCCCGACAAAUCUGCCGCCACGCUCUACUUCCCCGACGAGCCCGUGCAGCCUCGUCUUGUAUCGCCCUUCCGCGGCCCGAAAACCGUCAAAUCUCUCGAGUCUCUCGGCGAGAUCUACGACACCCGCGCCGCCUACAUGGUCUGCGACUACCAGCACAGCAUCGGCAACUACAUCUGCGACGCCGACGGAAACCUCUACCUUGACGUCUACGCGCAGAUUGCCUCCAUCCCGCUCGGCUACAACAACCCCGCCCUGAUCGAGAUCGCAAAGUCACCCGAGAUGAUCGACGCCAUCGUCAACCGCCCUGCGCUCGGAAACUUCCCCAGCACCGAGUGGGAGCAGAUCCUGCGCGAGGGACUCAUGGCUGCCGCGCCUCCGGGUCUCGACAAGAUCUGGACUGCGCUGUCGGGCAGCGAUGCGAACGAGUGCGCUUACAAAGCCGCGUUUAUCUACCAUCGCCUCCAGCAGAGAGGCAAAGGCGUCGAUUUCUCUGACGCCGAAAAGACCUCGACCAUGCUCAACUCCGCCCCCGGCUCGCCCGAUCUCGCGAUCCUCUCGUUUGAGAAGGCCUUCCAUGGCCGUCUCUUCGGUUCGCUGUCCACCACGCGAUCAAACCCGAUCCACAAGCUCGACAUCCCUGCCUUCAAGUGGCCAAAAGCGCCCUUCCCGGCGCUCAAGUACCCGAUCGAGGACCACGAAGAGUACAACCGCAAGGAGGAAGACGCCUGUCUUGCCGCGCUCGCCAAGAUCAUCGACGAGUGGAACGGCACGAUCGCUGCCGUUGUCGUCGAGCCUAUCCAGUCCGAGGGCGGCGACAACCACGCCACGCCGUACUUUUUCCAGCAGGUGCGCGAGAUUACAAAGCAGAAAGGCGUGCUGCUGAUUGUCGACGAAGUGCAGACCGGCGUCGCAGCUACCGGAACCUUCUGGGCGCACGAGCAGUGGCAGCUUCCGUCUCCUCCUGAUAUGGUGACGUUUUCAAAGAAGUUCCAAGCUGCUGGGUUCUUUUACGAGCUCGACGAUUUGAGACCGCAGCAGCCGUUUAGACAGUUCAACACCUGGUGCGGCGAUCCAUCCAAGGCUCUCAUCGCGCGCGGAAUCGUCAAGGAAGUCAAGGACAAGGACCUCGUCGCGCAAACAGCUCGCGUGGGUGAUUAUCUCUACAACGCGCUUGCAGAGCUGCAGACCAAGUACCCGGCAAAGAUGAGCAAUCUGCGUGGCAAAGGACGCGGAACGUUUAUCGCGUGGGACGCGCCGGACGUUGAUGCGCGCAACCAGUUUUUGCUGGAUAUGAAGGCUGUCGGGGUUAACAUUGGCGGAUGUGGCGCGCACUCUGUGCGUCUGCGACCAACUCUGGUGUUUGAAGAGAAGCAUGCUGAUCUCUUGGUCAAGGCGAUCGAGGCUGUGUUUUCCAAGUGAUUACAUAGAUGCACUGUACAUAGACAAGAUAGUAUUUGAAUAGACCAUGAGUAAUUAUACAUAAGUCACUGGGCAAAUCCAUUUGGUGGACGCUAUUACAAGCAGCUUUUCAUCAACUAUCAGCCGCGUCUGACGCGAUGAUGUCAUCCAAAAAAGGCAAAAUAAACAAAAUUUUCGUCUGGCGCAGAUUUGGCUCGGCCGCAGUGCAGUUAAAGCCCA